UUCUAUUAGGCCAGAUCCAACAUAUGGAGACCAAAACCAUUACCCUUCUUCUCCUGCUCUCCCUCUCCAUUAAAUUGCACCCUUCAAAGGCACAAACAUGGAUCAAAGCCGGAUACUGGUACUCCAGGAGUAAUUUUCCUUUCUCCGACUUCAAUUCUGCUCUCUUCGGCCACCUUCUAUGCAGUUUUGCCUAUCUCAACUCUUCCAACUAUCACCUCUCCAUCCGCUCAUCUGAUGAACAGCAGUUCUCCUCCUUUACCAAUGAUGUCAAGCUUAAAAAUCCAUCAGUCACCACUCUUUUUUCCAUCUGGGCUGGAACUGUGGACUCUUCAGUCUUUUCUUCAAUGAUUAGCCAACCCCUUUACAGAAAAUCCUUCAUUGAGUCUUCAAUAAGAACUGCAAGACUUUACAGCUUUCAUGGCCUAGUGUCACGGGCUAAGCUUGUUCAGGGCAUUAUGCUUGCCUAUGACCGCUUAUCUCGUGUGUUUGGGAUGGGUUUCCAUCAUGUAAAUACUAGUGUAGGGUUAUUUUCUAAUAUUUCUUUCAUUGUAAGCCAAAUAAGGCAGUAUGACUCCUCGGUCACUUUGAUGUUUCCUAGUGCUAGAGUGAGAAUGGCCUAGAAAGCUCUUUAGGGGAGGGUGAGUGUUCAUCAAUCAUUGUAAAACUCACUAGCAAUUGUCAACGUGCUUAGCCUACUUGCCUCCCUCGCUAAGUACAACAUGUCAACGGAGGAUUUGUUAAUGAAUUACGUUUGCUUCAA